GGAGUCUGCAGCUGACCUGUACUCCUUUCGGUAAGAGUCCUCCCCUCUCUCCUGACCUGCACGCAACACGUUUCAUGGGGUAGCGGCAGAUGAGCUCCUGCUAUUUUCAUUCACUUUCACAGUGCCCAGAGCGUGUAUCUUGUGCUCCUGCCUGGGCCUUUUGCUAAACCUGGAGGGGAAGGAAGUAUUCACAAGCCAGGGAAAGUGAAAAAAAAAGGCUGGAGCUUUGCUGCCUCUCUUCCUCCCAAGCUUGGAGGCUUUGGGAGGGGCUGGGCAACUCUCUGACAAGAUCUGCUUUCCCGCUGACUGCAGAAAUAUGCUUGCUCUGUCGCGGAAAAAAAUGGACAACAUGCAACAUCUGAGAGAUGAACUGGCAAGCCUGGCUGCAGAGAUCAACACUGCGAAGAAGGUGAUCCUGCACUUUGGGAAAGAGGGCCGGGCCCUCCCUGGGCAGCUGGUGGGCUUUUCUUGCUCAGCCCACACACCCCAUCCGUUGCCGGGGGAUGCUGGUUGUGCUUCUCCACCGUAAAGACCCUUCUGGCCAGCUUGUGACGUGGUUGGUUGUGUUUUCCCCAGGAAGCUCAGCAACUGAGAGAAGGCAUGUCUGCAAUCACACAGAUGUCUGGCUGGGCUGUGAAAAGCACAAGUACGGAUGACCCCAGGAAGGCAGGGCUGUCAUCGCACUGAGCUCCUGCUUAGCGCUCCCAAAAGGAGGCUGUGUGGCAGCCUCAGUUCUCUGAGGCACAGGGACAUGGAACAAAAGCACGGGAUGCAAGAGCGUGACUGUGACCGAGCAGGUCUCCUGGGGUUUGCUGUCUCCCAGCACUCACAGACCUCCUGUUGUGUGUCUGAGAGAGAAAUGCUGUCACCGGGCAUGGGGAUCACCUUGUUUUCCUGGGGCACCCACAAAGGGGCUGCCAUCAACCUGCAGAGAUCAUCCAGCAGCUCUGCAUGGCUCUGCAGGAUGUUUUGGUUCCUGCGUAUUCCACCCAUUCUGGAUACCUUUGUGCAGCCUGAUUCUUCCCCGGGAUACUGCUGGCCUUUCCAAGGGUCUGAGAGUGAGGUGCUAAUCCAGUUGCCUGCAAAAGUACGACCAACGGCCAUCACCGUACAGCACACCUUAAAGACAGACUCUCCGCUGAGGACUAUCAGCAGUGCCCCGCGAAAUUUCAUAGUCUAUGGACUGAAUGAAGGAGGCGAAGAUGAAACUCCGCUUGGGACAUUCACCUACACUGCACAGGAAGAGGUUAUCCAGACCUUCCCUUUGCAGGUACAGUGCAGCAGGAUUUUCCCCAGGACCCAUUUUCUGGGGCCAUCAAGCCUCAGGUUUCCAGAGCCACCUGCCUUGCUCUCUGAGGCCUGGCUUCUGAUCUGCAGGGGAGCAGGGGUCCUUUGGUGCGAGGGUGGGAGAGGGGAAGAAGGGAGAAGCUGCCACCUUAGCCAGUGCAGGAGCUGGUCCUGGAGCCAGACCUGGCUGGCAGAGGAAGACGGGCGGAGCCUGCUUUCGCUCCCAACACCCCAGGAGUGACCCUGGGUUCUUUGCAGGAUGAGAUGAGAGACUUCCAUUUCUUGAAGCUUGUCGUACAGAGCAACUGGGGAAAACCGGGGUACACCUGUAUUUAUCGAGUGCAGGUGCACGGGAAGGUGGAUGGAACCAGUGCCAUCAGCCAGAUUUCAGAUGUGAGGAACUCACUUCAGUAAGAAUUAAAGAGGAAAAUGGAGAAAGGAGGAGAGUGAUUGGCCGUUAGUCUGGGGCACAGCAAUGUCAUAUCAGUGGCCUUCUCACAGCUGCCAAACACUGCCUUUUCGCAGGCCAAGGCCUUCCUCAAGCUUUUCACUUUCUCUCCACCACAGGAAUGUUUCUUAAGUGACCAAAAGGAGACAACAUUCCCAUCGCCUUUUCUUGCCUAGUUCCUUGACAAAAUCUUUUGUGGGUCAUGAUCAUCAAAGCACGGGCCCAUUCCAUUCACACAGCACCUUGACUCUGGGGACAGGGUCCAGUGGGGCCCCGCACAGGGUGCAGCCAAAUCUGCAUGAGGUG